AAAAGGUGCCGCCCCGCGCGCAUUCCUGGGCAGAUCUUACCGAGACUCCUAACUGUCGGUCGGUGAGAAGCCAAGACUUUCCUAUUUCCCGAACGCCGGCUUUUGCUUUGUAGAGUUAUAACAUCAAAGAAACAUGCGUGAGUGCAUCUCUAUACACGUUGGUCAGGCUGGUGUGCAGAUCGGCAAUGCCUGCUGGGAGCUGUACUGUCUGGAACAUGGCAUUCAGCCUGAUGGGCAGAUGCCCAGUGACAAAACCAUUGGAGGAGGUGACGAUUCCUUCAACACAUUCUUCAGCGAGACUGGAGCUGGGAAACACGUCCCUAGGGCUGUGUUUGUAGAUCUGGAGCCAACUGUCAUUGAUGAGGUUCGUACUGGUACAUACCGUCAGCUGUUUCACCCAGAGCAACUUAUUACUGGGAAGGAAGAUGCUGCCAACAAUUAUGCCCGUGGACACUACACAAUUGGCAAGGAAAUUAUUGACUUGGUGCUGGACAGGAUCCGCAAACUGGCUGACCAGUGCACAGGUCUUCAGGGUUUCCUGGUCUUUCACAGCUUUGGUGGUGGUACUGGUUCUGGUUUCACCUCCCUGCUGAUGGAACGUCUCUCUGUUGAUUAUGGGAAGAAGUCAAAACUUGAGUUUGCCAUCUAUCCAGCACCACAGGUCUCAACAGCUGUGGUUGAGCCCUACAACUCCAUCCUUACCACCCACACCACAUUGGAGCACUCAGACUGUGCCUUCAUGGUGGACAAUGAGGCCAUCUAUGACAUCUGCCGUAGAAACCUAGAUAUUGAGCGUCCCACCUACACCAAUCUGAAUCGCCUUAUCAGUCAGAUAGUGUCCUCUAUUACAGCCUCUCUCAGAUUUGAUGGUGCGCUGAAUGUAGAUCUUACUGAAUUCCAGACCAACUUGGUGCCCUAUCCCCGUAUUCACUUCCCUCUGGCUACAUAUGCCCCAGUUAUCUCAGCAGAGAAGGCUUACCAUGAGCAGCUCACUGUAGCUGACAUAACAAAUGCCUGCUUUGAGCCAGCUAACCAGAUGGUGAAAUGUGACCCACGUCACGGUAAAUACAUGGCUUGCUGCCUGCUGUACCGUGGUGAUGUGGUUCCUAAAGAUGUUAACGCUGCUAUUGCCACCAUUAAGACAAAGCGUAGCAUUCAAUUUGUAGACUGGUGUCCAACUGGUUUCAAAGUAGGCAUUAACUAUCAGCCCCCAACUGUGGUUCCAGGUGGUGACCUGGCCAAGGUCCAGCGUGCUGUGUGCAUGUUGAGCAACACCACUGCAAUUGCUGAGGCCUGGGCCAGACUGGACCACAAGUUUGACCUUAUGUAUGCCAAGCGUGCCUUUGUGCACUGGUAUGUGGGUGAGGGUAUGGAGGAGGGAGAGUUCUCUGAGGCCCGUGAAGACAUGGCUGCCCUGGAGAAGGAUUAUGAGGAGGUUGGUGCUGAUAGCGCUGAUGCAGAAGAUGAAGGUGAAGAGUAUUAGACUUGUUGCUUGAAAUGAGCUUUUUCUUUCUGUUGCUGAAACUCCCAAUCUGAAGUCUAAUUUUUUUAAAUAAAGUGCCAUUUUAAAUGUGGCUAAGAAAUGUAUGUUUUCUGUAGUGUCUAAUUUGGUGAAAAACUGCCAGACAAAGUCAACUGUUCGCAUAAAAGUACUUACCUAGGGUCAGAAAACAGUAUUUUAUUUUCUUCAUUCAAGACGUUCUAGUCACGUUUAAUAAAGCUAAUUAAAAUACUGA